AUGGGGCUCAUUCAGCAUGUUGUGCGUCAGGAUGAUGGCAGCCUGGAGGUAUGACAGCAAGCUCACAGACAGAGAUGCAGACUGAUUGACAAAGGGCUACAGUUGUCAUCGGGCUUUCUUGCACAAUCACGCCAACCGGAGAUGAUUGUAGGCAACGUCGUUGUCCAGACCGUCGGUUCUCUCUUCUUCUUUGCGAGAGCAUAUUCCCGAGUCGCUAUCACCAAAUCAUGGAGAGCAGAAGACCAUGUCCUUGCGUUAGCCUGGGUAGGUACAAUGCAAUCCUCUUGACCUUCAUUAAACUCACGCUUCAGCAGCUAUUUUGCACGGGCUUCAGCGUCUGCCAGUACGGUCAAAUCAGCAACGGUGCUGGAAGCCAUGCCGCUGCGACAGCCAUUAAAAACCCUCAAGCACACAUCACGGCACGGAAAUACGCCUACGCGGCCCAGAUCAUUCUCUUCCCGGCUCUCUCACUGUCGAAGUUCAGCAUAUGCCUUACCUAUCUCCGCAUUUUCUACUUUGAUAAACGCGGACGAUAUAUGAUUCAGGCACUGAUGGUCCUUCUUGUCCUUCUGAUUGUGCCCUUCGGUUUCCAAGUUACAUUCCAGUGUCGACCAGUGCACGUUUAUUGGACUGAAGGGCGACCGGCUGCCAAGUGCAUUCAAGAUCUACCAGGCUUUAUACUCAGCGGUAGCCUCAACAUAUUUGUCGAAGUUGCGCUCAUGGCCAUUGUUUUACCUCGUGUUCUCGAACUAAAGCUGCAUCCACGACAAAAGUGGGCACUGACCAGCAUCGUGCUUCUCGGCUCACUGGUUGUAGCUGCCGGUAUAGUACGCAUGGUGCGGGUUGGCACCGCAAUCGAGAUGCCGAAUUUCGAGCCUAGCUGGGACUCGUAUGAUGUGUCAAUCUGGACAUCCACGGAAAUUUAUGUCAGCUUGCUAUGCGCCUCUGCGCCCGGCAUCAAACCAUUUGUUGUAAAGAUUCUGCCCAAAUUACUUGGAUCAUCUUCACGAAGUCGCACGCGAACGACCGGUGGCGUGAGUUAUGGUAUUGAACUGGGUCUCAGCUCUAAAUGGAAAAGGACAACUAUCGGCAGCACGCGUAUGAACAGACGACCGAGCGAAACAGCACUUUCAACUGCUGAUGGACCAUAUACUCAAGUCGGAGGUGGCGUAGAUGCUUACAGCCUGGGCAGACAGAGCAAAGAAAGACCAACAACAGCGACCAGCGAGGGCGAAAGUAGCCAUGGUCAUAUUCACAAGACAAGCAAGAUAUCGUUGCAGAACCAUGUAACAUAA